UGAGGGAUGUUAAUGAAAUCGUUAUGAUUUGGACCUUUGGGAGAGGGGUGGUAUGUAUGUGGAAAAUGAAUUUGGGAGGGUUUUUCGGAUUGAAUGGGUGUUUUGGACGGGGAGGAAAGCCCUCCUACUUACUAUGAGCUUCCUCAUGAGCUUACUUGGCUGCAAAAGUGGAAGACAAGGAGUGCUAUUUCAAGGCGCGGUUGUUUGGAGAAUGGGAAGAAGGGUCUCCCGGAUUCGUCAUUUCAUUUUUACCGACACACGCACCAUCAUCCGAUACCGAUAUUGGUCGUUUUCCAGCCAUUGUUUGCUGGGUCACAACCUUUAUUACCAUUUCCCCCUCGGUAUUCGAUUCUCCUUUUGCGGUUCAAGGGAGGACAUGGGAUAACACGGCCAACACGGAAAUGGUUAAUCUCUGCAAGAGGGCCAUUUCUAGUCGAACCUUGAGCUUUUCAACGGCGACUUUUCUUUGGACUUGUGGACUGCAGCCUCAACGGACAUUGAGAUAUCGCCAUCGCCAAGGUCGGAGCAAGGGAAAGGUGGACGUUUGUGGGGGACCCUGAACGCCUUUAUACCACUGCUGCAGCCUACUAUAAGCUCCUUCUAUACUUCAGUCAUCUCUUAAUAUUAUUGAUACCUAGUUUGUCUACUCAUGACAAUGUCGUUUGUUGCGUUUGUGCAUGUUGUUGCUCAAGUA